AAAAUUUAAAUCUUUUCAAAUCUUUGCAAAAGUAAAAACCUGCCACUAUGAAACUGUACAUGAUCCCUCAAUCGCCAGCUGUUAGGGCUGUAAUGAUGGUCGCCAAAAUGCUCGAACUGGAUAUGGAACAAGUUAUGGUCGACAUGGAAAAGAAGGAGCAUCUUUCCGCCGAAUUUAUGAAGAUGAACCCCCAGCACACUGUGCCAGUACUAAACGACGACGGAUUGAUUGUUAUCGAUAGUCAUGCAAUUAUGGCUUAUUUGGUCGGAAGGUAUGGCAAAAAUGACUCAAUGUAUCCCAGUAAUGUGCAAAUGAGGGCCGCCAUUGACCAAAUGAUGUACUUCGAUGCGAGUGUGCUCCAACCAAGGCUCGGCGUAAUUAUCAAAGCCCUCCUUAUGGGCGAAAUGAAGACGGUACCGAAGGAAAUGAUGCAACCUGUGAUGGAGGCUUACGAUAUGAUGGAACGUUACCUCCAGAAACAUAAUUAUGUGGCCAGGGAUUCCCUGUCCAUUGCUGAUUUCAGUGUUGUAGCUACGAUGACUUCUAUGAUGCACGUUGUGCCUAUGGAAAUGGAGAAGUACCCUAAAAUUAUGGCUUGGAUGAAGAAAAUGGAAAUGCUUCCAGUUUACGAGGAGAACCAGAAGGGCUUAGAUAUGAUGAUGUGUAUGAUGAAGAAGAUGAGAUAAUUUAACAUAUUAUGUUAAAUAAACCUUUUUGAAGUA